GUGUGUGAGCUGUGCUAAGUGAGUGCCGUGCUGCUGCUGUGGACGUGGCCCCUCCUUCCCCCCGUUUCUUUGUGCACUCACUCACUCCCUCCCUCCCUCCCUCCCUCCCUUUCCUUUUCCUUUUCCCCCUUUCUUCUUCUUCUUCUUCGUCUGCUGCUUGUACUCUUCUUACUUCGCCAUCGCCAGCGAGGUAGUCUCCUUCCCGGACAAGCACUUGGGAGUUCCAGCUGCGUCGCCUGGCCUGCCUGGCUGCCUAGAGAGGAGGAGGGCCAAUAAUACCAGGAGGAGAGAGUGGGAGAGAGAGCGAGAGAGAGUGAGAGAGAGUGAGAGAGGAAAGGGCAGUCGAAGCAGGAGAGCAGUGGAAGCGUCGGAGGUAGGGGUUGACAGGAUGGCAAACUUAGGGUAUAUCUUUGGGGUGUGAUCUGUGCCUUCUCAAAGUUUAUUCUAGAGGUGAUGAGAAGUAUUGCAUCGAAACUUCCUGAAGUUUCAUGUCCUUAAUCCUCUAGUACUGGAAGGCAUCGGCAGUCCCAGGAAUUAAAAAUAAUGGCUCCCCGAUUUGACUUUGGUGAUUGGUGGUCCAAGGAGGAGCAUCAGGGAACACCAGUUGUAGUGAAAAUGGAAAAUCCGAAUUGGGAUCUGUUAGAAAUCGAUGGCCCUAACCAAGGUGGUGAGAUUGGCAAAGGGAGGAACAAGAACGCAAAACAGCUCACGUGGGUAUUGCUACUGAAGGCACAUCGAGCUGCAGGGUGUGUUGCAUACCUUGCAACGGGAUUGUGGACGCUGCUGGCUGCUAUACAGAACCGUCUAAUUGCUCCGAAAGCUUCUGGCGUGAAGCUUGACAAACCUGUGAAGGGGAAAUUGUACAGGUUCAUCAGGGCAUUUUUGAUCACUGCUCUAGUGAUGUUGGGCAUUGAUUACGGUGCGCACAUGCUCGGGUGGCACUUUGCUGCCCCAACUGGUAUCAAUCUGUGGAACUUGCCUCAUGCAGUUUACAUGGCUUGGAUGGUCAUUCGAUUGCAGUAUAUUGGUCCGGCUCUGCAACUAGCUGCCGACAGCUGCAUCGUGCUUUUUCUUGUUCAAUCAGCAGACAGAAUAACUCAGUUCAUGGGGUGUAUGUACGUUAAGCUGAGGGGGAUCAAGCCAAUUCCGGUGGAUCCAUCAUUCGAGUCCGAUGACCCCGAGCAGCCCGACAAAGGAUACCCUAUGGUUCUGAUUCAAAUACCCAUGUGUAAUGAACGAGAGGUGUACGAGCAGUCGAUUUCUGCAGUGUGCCAAAUAGAUUGGCCUAAGAAUCGCAUGCUAGUACAGGUUCUUGAUGACUCGGACGAUGUAGAGACGCAGGAGCUGAUUGCGGCUGAGGUUCACAAAUGGCAUCUCAAGGGCGUUAAUAUUAUCUACAGACAUCGCGAAAACCGAACGGGGUACAAGGCGGGUAACCUGAGGUCAGCCAUGGAGUGUGAAUAUGUGAAAGACUACGAGUUUGUGGCAAUUUUCGAUGCCGAUUUUCAGCCCAAGUCAGAUUUCCUGAAGCGUUCCAUGCCCCACUUCAAGGGCCAGCCGGAGCUGUGUCUGGUGCAAACACGAUGGGCAUUUGUGAACAAGGAUGAGAACUUGUUGACGAGGCUACAGAACAUCAACUUGUGCUUUCACUUUGAGGUGGAGCAACAGGUGAAUGGGCACUUUUUGAACUUCUUCGGAUUUAACGGCACAGCCGGUGUCUGGAGAAUUAGCGCUUUGGAAGAUUGUGGAGGAUGGAUGGAUCGGACAACUGUGGAGGAUAUGGAUAUUGCAGUUCGUGCCCACCUUUGUGGUUGGAAGUUUAUCUUCCUGAACGAUGUUCGGUGUUUGUGUGAGCUUCCGGAGUCCUACGAGGCUUACAGGAAGCAACAACACCGGUGGCAUUCGGGUCCCAUGCAACUGUUCCGUCUAUGUCUACCAGAUAUUAUUAAGUCCAAAAAAGUGACGGCUCUUCAGAAGUCAAACCUGAUAUUCCUGUUUUUCUUGCUAAGGAAGCUGAUUCUGCCGUUCUACUCGUUCACCCUCUUUUGCGUAAUUUUGCCGUUGACUAUGUUUGUGCCGGAAGCACAGCUACCGGUGUGGGUGGUGUGCUACAUUCCAGCAGUUAUGUCUUUCAUGAAUAUUCUGCCGUCACCGAAGUCGUUCCCAUUUUUGAUCCCCUAUCUACUGUUUGAGAACACUAUGUCGGUGACCAAGUUUCAAGCUAUGAUAUCUGGGCUAUUUCAGCUGAGCAGUUCAUUGGAGUGGGUUGUGACGAAGAAGUCUGGCAGGGCGUCCGAAGCGGACCUGUUGGCCGGUGUACAAGAUUCGAAGCCUCAAGACCAGCUUCAGAAGUUAAAUCGAGUGACUUCGGAAUCCGCACUCGAAUCUUUGAGGAAGGAGAACAAGGACAGCCCUGUAGCUGUCCCAAAUCCAGCUCCGUCGCUGAAAAAGAAGAAAAAAAAUCGUUUGUACUGGAACGAGCUUGCUUUGGCAUGUUUGCUCCUCACAGCGGCCAUGAGGAGCCUGCUCACAGAGCAUGGGCUUCACUUCUACUUCUUGCUUUUCCAGGGAAUCUCGUUCCUGGUAGUUGGGCUAGACCUGAUCGGGGAGCAAGUGAGCUAAUCUGUGUAAAUCAUUGAAAGAAGAGGAGUGGCGGGCCCCUAUUGAAAUCUCGUGUGUCUACCCCAAAUCAUGAGUUGCUUACGUAAUAAAGCGACCUCGGGGCGCUGAAAAACCCUGUAUUUGGUGCAGCCACAUUGAAGGAAUGCGAAAGGAUUCGAUUGUGCGAUUGCAGGUGCAGUCGUAGUUGAUGCUCCAGCGAGGUCCUGAAGUGUCAAGUUUUUGGAUAGACAUUGGGUAGGACCCCAAUGCCUUCAAUACCUCCUCAAGGUCCUAUCAAUGUCUAUCUGAAGUUUUUGGAUAGACAAACCAUUGGGGUAUACCAGCCUGCACUGGGUACGCUCGUCAUUGCUAAGCACCCUAAUAGUAUUUGUUUCAACAUCAGAUCAUUCUUUUGAGCCAACACAUUUAUUCAGUUGCCUUCUAUGAUAGGCGCUAGCAUUUGACAAUAUGUAUUAAAGAUUGCGCCUUGGGCUUAUGUGAAUAAACCAUUAGUUGGUGUCAGUACUGCACACCAGUGAUGUAUGUUUCUACAUGCAGCAGUGAUACAUCUUUUCAACACGUCGAGCUGCUCAACCUAAGAAAUAAAUGCGGUGAUUCAAUCGG